AGCUGAUCGUCAAUGUCAAAUGUAAUUUUUAGGUUAUGUAUAUCGCAAACUAAAAUUAUUUGAUAAUUAAUGGUUUUUGUGAAAUACUAGAAAGUAUAAUGAAGAAAGUACAAGGAUACGAUUCAUUUCAGCGUAUAAACUAUUUAUACCAGGCCAGUAAAUGUAUAGCUGAGAAGCAUCCAGAGCUCUCAUCUUAUUAUGGGAAUCUCAUCGUCAAUCUAGCUAAAAAAAAUGUCCUCAAAAUGCAUCCAGAAAUUAAACGUCAAAUCUGCAGGAAAUGCCGUUGCAUACUUAUGAACGAUUCUACAGCAAUAAUAAAAAUGAAGAAUAAAAGACAAUCAAACAUUAUAGAGUGGACAUGCAAAACCUGCAGUACAAAAAAGUCUUACCCUAUUGCUAAGAAAAAAGACCAUAGAGUUUGGGUAGAGAAACCCGAAGCGGUCGUUGAAGUUAUCAAUUGACAAGAAAAAAAGGAAUUUUGUGGACAUCUGAGGAAAAUGAGAGAUUCGACGGCCAUUCUUUCAUUGUAUACAAGUUUAUUGUGUCCCAUUUUGUGGCUCUCCGGUCUCCCUUCCAUUAAUUAAAAAUAAAUACUUAGGUGAUUUUGCUAAAGAGUGUGCAUAGAAGAGGAGGAAAUGGCCGCGCACUUCUUCAAGUCUUCAGCAGAUACAAGAGGGUGCUGCGGUUCCUGGAGGAGUUGAGUGGCAUGAGUAGAGCCUUGCACCCACCCACUCGCAAAAUAGACGCUAGAUGUCAAGAAUAUAUUUUUCUUCAAUAUUAUUCUAGUUAGUGAAUUAAUGAAAAAUAUAAUAUUAUAUCGAUGUAAAUACCUAAUGAGCAUGUGUAAUUAUUAAGAUUCUAUUAAUACAAUUGUAGAUAACAGAUUCGCGUUAGAAUUUUCGCCAUGUUGCCGCUCUUACCACGUAACGUACCUAAUACGUACGAGAAAGUGAUGGGUAACCCUGCCACGUCACGCACGUGUGUGCGUACAAAAAAGUCAAGUCAAGCGCAAGUGUUUGCGCGUGUGCAGAUAGUGCCUUGCUGUAUGUAGUAGUAGUAUUAGUAGGUAAAUAACUUUCGACCGUUGUGUGGAGAGUCCGGGGUGUGUACCUAAGCUAUAAUUUAGGUUACGAUGGAACUGCCGUAUACAUUGUAUAAAAGGUCCUAAAUAUAAGAGUUGUUUUUAAAAUACUAAUAAUCUUGCAGGACCAGAUUACGAACAUCAUUAACAACAAUUAGUUCCGUGAUUUUUGACAAAACACGAAAUUGUAGUGCGUUUUUUUGGCUUUCUGAAAUCUUAAUAUCGGGUACCUACGCGAGCCUAUUAUUGGAUAUCAGAUAUUAGGAUACUUUUAUAAAGGAGAACUUUAAAGCUUUCCAUACAUGCAAUUAAUUAUUUUUUUAUGUUCUAUAAAAAUCUAUAUAAGUCUAAAAUAGUUUUUUUUUUUAUGUUUGAGUGUAUUAUUUUUUUGAAGAAUGUUAAAGUUCUUUAAUAGGAUCUCUAAUAGAUGUAAUUGAUGUUUAAGUUCCUAAUUACCCAAUCAAAGAUUGAUU